CGUCGCACUUUUGCUUGCUUCGAUCACACUUCUUCAGUAGCGCUGCUUCUAUCCCGACUUGCUGCUAAUUCAGCGGAGCGAUCAGUAUCCUAUAGUAUUCAGGAGGGUUCAGUAUCAUCCUCACGAUCCAACGAGGACAAACGAGCCACAAGAAACCUACGAUGACAGCAGUUCGAUGACGUGUUUUAGUGUAAAGUGCCAUCCAGCCCAAACAACAGCUAUGUUUCGAACAUUGCUCCUGUUGGCGCUUGCGUGUGGUGUCCUGGGGCAGAAUGUGUCGAGUACCACCAGCACCAUACCUCCGGAAGCGAUCGUCAAUCUCGACGACGACGACUUUCAGCUAUUUCUCGCGGGCCGUGAACCGAAGGCUUUCUCGGGAUCGACAACAAGUUCCAACUCGUCUGUAACAACUAGCACCACUCCUCGGACGACGACUCCUACGACGACCACCAUACCACCGCGUCCACCGAGGCUGGAUCAGGAUUUACCGAGUGACACCAAUACCAUAUCUCCGCUAUCGACCUUCGAUGCUGAACUCUAUGUCCUCGGUCUCGGUAAAGCGGUUUCAUUGAACUCGACAACAUACUCCGACCGUACCACCAUAUCUCCGCUGUCGACCUUCGAUGCUGAACUUUAUGUCCUCGGUCUCGGAAAAGCGGUCUCAUUGAAGACGACAACAUACUCCAACUUGCCCACCAAAACAACGACAAAGGAAUCCAUAUUUCGUACAACUACUACCACACCAUCGCGUCCACAGAGGCCAUUAUCGACCACCUCUACCACCAGUGUUCCCAAAAUUCCUGUGAUUAAAGGCAGCUCGUGGUUUGAAGAAGGCAUACCAACUACGCCUAACAGUGACGUGCUCGGACAGCAGUUCCGACCAGCGGCCCAAGACUUUACCAAGUGGCUGAUGCAACAGAUGAACAAACAGGAAGUAGCGUUUGUUCCUCAGCACGUCGCAGUGUGUAGUACACCAGUGCAUGCCGCAUGGAGCAGCCCAGUCCGUCCGACAACCGUGGCUCCUUUUCCAGCCUUCAGCAGUGGUCAACCGGGUGGACAUCAGCAAAGUCUCCACAGCCAGUUACAAACUUCCCAACAGUUGACGGAUGGACUACUGACCCUGUGGACUCCGAGCGGCCCUUUCAUUCAGACGAAUGGUCAGCGUUACACUCCACCAGCCGUCUCUUACCAAACGUCGACUGUCACCUACGGAAAUAAUGGUGUUUCUCACAAUAAUCAUUACCAAAUCCACCACCACCAGGAUCUGCAGCAGCAGCAACAACAGUUACCUUUUCCAGGCUCCUCGCACUCUACUGACACCUAUCUCAGUCAUCAAAAACCUACUCCUCAGCCUGGACCACAACCGACAACCUCAUCCAGUCGGGCUCCCAUUGCGAUAGAUCGCGUGCCACAGUCAAAUGCUGUCUUCUAUUCGGACAGAAACUACUACUACACCCAGCGGGUAGCACCGUCGCCACCUCAGUUCCGACCGUACGCACUCCAGCACUUGGGGAGGUCAUUUUUGAUUAAUUACUCCUAACAAAGCGCGAUUGUUAUCAAUUUGUAAAUGUCAAUGCUAAAGAAACAUCAGAUUUUGGACGUUCUUGUUUCAUCUACGGGUGUCCAAUCAAAGGGUUUUUUUCAUUUGCUUAUUAAAAAAACGGCUAAAUAUUUUUCGAUGCUUAAACAUUUAUUUGAAAUGUUGAUUCAUCAAAUUUUUACAUAAAAUACGAUUUCGGUUUCAGAAAAUUGGGAAUUAUGAAACACUUAUUUCAAAAUUCGUAGAUCUUCAACUAAAACGGUAGGACAUUUGAAAACCUUAUUUAAUUGAAGCUCAUUUCCACCACGAUGGCUAUGUUGAAAAGCAGAAUUAUCGUUUUUAGGGUUCGGAAAAUCCACACGUCGUGUAAGCGAAGCCAAUGCACCCAAAACGAGUGACUGUUCGGUGCGAAUUUUGGUCUGGCGGCCGUUAAAAGCAAAGGAAAUUUUUGGACGAAUGUCGAAAGGGUAAAAUAACUCUUCCCGUUCAAUUAGUAUUUUAAAAGGACGGUUUCUGAGUUUAAACGUGGUCGUUAAAAACGAUCCUCGUCUAAAACGUCCAAAAACAGAUACGAUAGCUGAAAUCGUAGAAAAAAUACAAAUACACUGAAAGCGAUUUAGUACAAGGCCUAGACAUUUCAUUUAGCAGUAUAACCAAUAUAUUGACUGAAGUAAUGGGUUUCAGAAAGCUGUGUGCACAAUGGGUGCCGGAUUCGCUAAAAAUGGAACGAAAACGCAUUUAAGUGCAAUAUUUUCGACAACAUUUAAAGCUUUUUCGAAAGGAUAAAGUGGAUUUUGUGCAUUGAAUCAUCAUUAUGGAUGAGGCUUGGGUCCUGGAUCAAAUCACCAUGAUCCUGGAUCAAAACAAGAGACUAAGGAGUGGUGUGAAGCUGGUUCUUCGGCUCCGAAACGAGUUCGUGUCCAGAAUUUGCCCAAAAAGGUGUUAGAAUCUGUUUUGUGGGAUGCGAAUGAAAUUUUGUCAGCGGAUUACUUGCAAACUGGUAAAACAAUAAAUUUUGAUUAUUGUUGUAACCCUUUAAACCUACUGAAAGUGAAAAUUUGUGAAAAAAGACCUGGUUUGAAGAAGAAAAACAUCCUCUUUCAUCAGGGCUAAUGCACCCAGUCACUCAAGAGCAUUUUGCGCAAAAAUCGUGCGUAGAAAACGUUUUUCAUCGUCAUAUGACGUCAUAACAGCUACGGAAGCGUAUUUUGAAGCCCUUCCAGUUUCUCACUUCAGGGAUGGAAUGUAUAAAUUGUAAUUUCCUUUGAACAAUUGUAUCAUCAAGGGAGGUCAUACUAAAUAAUAAAAUGUGUU